CGAAGAGCAACCGACGACUGUCCCACAACUUCCUCCAACUCAAACUCUAUCGACCGUCGAGCGACUGCCCCGGAAGAUCAAGGCUACGACUUCAAGCCCGUCAAUCCUCCUAAGAAGGUGACGACCCCCAAGUUGAAUCUCUCGGACGGAGAGGUGGAGGCGUUCAGGCACUUGGCGCACAGCAUCGUCUCGAAGACGCUGGCUCAUGAGAUCGAGUACCGUCAACUCGGUUGCCCCGAACCGAACUCCAAGGAGUGGAAGCUGCUCAAGCGCCACGACGACUUGAGCGUCUUCAAGCAGCGUCUCCCUCCUUCAGAGCAAGAGUCCUCCAAGACGUACAACGUCAUGUGCUUGGGCUCGCUGGAAGGCACGCUCGAGGACGCCCUCUACGGCACGCACUCCAAGAACCGCGGCGACAUGCUCGCGACUGCAGCGUACCUACACCGCAGUCACAUGGAGUGUGCCGUGCUCAACGUCCUCGAGAGCGGGUCGGACGAAGACCCGUACCGCCAGGUGUCCUUGAAGUGGUUCAUUGCCGAGAUGUUCGGCGACGCGCGGCUCGUGAACCACCGCGACUGGUUCAACAUCGAGUCGAUCGGUAUCACCACAGACGCGUUUGGACACCGCUACGGCUACUUCCUCGCCAAAUUCGCCGACCACCCUGGCUGCCCUCCGAUGCCCAAAGACAGCGACGUGGUGCGAGGCAAGAUGAACAUGUGCUGCAUCUACCGACAGGAGCCGCGCUCUCGAGUCGUCGACGUGUACGCCAAAGGGUCCAUCGAUCUGGGUGGAGACUUGCCGGCCUUUAUCAACAGCGGCGCGUCUUGCGCCAUGAUGUUCAACAUGGCUGUGUCAAUGGAGAGCGCCGAAGGGAAGCGCCUCACCAAGCUCGCUCUCAUGCACCAGGAGAAGCGAGCGAGAGAGAGGGACGAGAAGCUUGAGUUCGGCCUGGAGUGGUCGCAGAAGGACACGACCGACUCGAUGGUCGACAUGCUGGCUGCGUCCAUGAUCUCGGCCUCCACUAACAGCUCUUCAAGCGACGUCAGCACGAAAGAGUCGAAGAGUUCGCGAGAGCCCUGUCACGUCUGUGCGAAGAAGCCUUCCUUGUCUAAACUGGUGCGAACCUCCCAC